AUGCCUCUCAUACUAGUUUUCCUGCCAAGGUCAGAGAAGAGCAUCUUCGACACUAGCACCAUCCUAAACCUGAAAAUCAAGGUAGAAACACAACAUAACAAGGCCGCGAUCAGUCAAUGCUUUAGAUGUCAGCGUUUUGGCCAUGGGCAAAGUAGGUGCACGGCCCCGCCAAAGUGUGUGAAGUGCGCCGGAGAACAUCUUUCCAAUGACUGCACGAAAUCAAAAGAAUCCAAGGCUACCUGCGCAAACUGCGGCGAAAGUCAUCCUGCAAGCUACAGAGGCUGCCCAAAUUAUCCAAAGCUAGAACAAAAACCCCAAGAAACCAAGUCAGCGCAACAACAACAACCAUCAAGAAGCUAUGCACAGGUCUCAAGAAAUACUGCAACAACCAACGACAUGACGGCACACCUCCAGAGGUUCAGCGAAAUGUUCCAACAAAUGCAACUGAUCGCAAACCAAAUUCAUUUAUCAAAGCAGAAAGCGGAAUUGCUGUUCCUGGCACCCUACCACACCCCGCCUAAGCGUUACAAAGUUGAUGAGUCCUUCGGCAGCAUGGGCAUGAGGUUUUGCGUCUGCCUCCAUAUCACUGCGUUCAAUGCCAUUGCAACAACGUAUUCUGUUUUAGGCUAA